AUGUAUCCGGAACCAUCUACCCAGAAUUGGAAGAUCAUCAAGCACCCUCUUCACCAAACCAUGAAAUCGUCAUGGUUUGAUCUAAGGGUCUUCUAUAUGAGGAUCAGCAACUGUGAAGUCGAGGAGUCAACACCCGACCAUCUGACUGUCAAUCACUAUGCUGUGAGCCCUGACACUAUCCUUGAGGUCAACGGAAGAAGUGGCAACAGUUGCAGUGGGAGCCUCUCUUCCCUUCUUCGCAGGGAUAGGGCUGAUAAGAGAACCGAGGAAGCUACAUUUGUGAGCACAGAUAAGAUAAGAAUGACGGGGAGUGUGAGAUUUGAGAUCUGUCACAAAGACGAUAUACUGUUUUCUGGGCUCUUGGAGCUCAUCAACAGUGAUGAAUUUAUUGGGGAAUCAAGAGAUCGCUGCAAGAAGUGGAGCAUUACCCAUCUACAGAUAAAGACCGCUGGUGUCACAUUCCUGAAGAGGAAGCAACAUAUGGGGCUAGAAACAGAGAUACCAACUGUGGAUGUGUAUGUCACUGGUUGCUUCUCUGGCUCACACAUCAUCUUGGCGGAGACUCUUCAACUUGGGUUCACACCAAAACAUGAUCAGAAGGCAAAGCCGGCUUCGACUCUGGGAAAUCAUCUGACUGACUUGAGGAUGGAUGGUUCCUCUGAGGCUUUACAGGUACACUGACUCGACAGUUUUCUAUGGCUUGAAGUUUCUGAUACAUCCUGUAUCUCGUGAACCAUCACUCAGAGUGAUACAGUUCCAUUCCCUUUUAUUCGUUCCUUUGCGGAUGGUCACAUUAGUUCCAUUUCCUUAAAGAUAGUACGUGAGGUGUCUAACCAGUGCAGUUCAUCUUGAGCUCAUGUGAUUAUCUCCUCUGAAUAUACCAUCUAAGUAGCCCUGCAUAAAAGGUUAUUUUCUUGGCUCCGUUAGUUUUUUUAAGGCGGUUAGCUGUUUUCUAUUAGUUUCCUUUUGCAUAUUUCUUAACUUGUAUGAUAAAAUUUACUGAAGAUCGGAUAUUUUCCUAUUUAAGAUUUUUUUUAUCGAACUUUCAUUGUUUAUGACAAAAUAUUUGGUAAUAUUGGAGUAUUUUGUGUGGAAUAAUAGCUAUAUCUUUGUUUUGGUUUAUGUAUUCGCCGGACCUAAGGCUCAUAAUGAGACCCAAAAUGAAAAACAGGCCUACCCUCAUCUCUCUCUCUCUCUCUCUCUCUCUCUUCGGGUUUUCACCGGGCCAUGCCAAAAGAUUCCUGGGCUCAGGCUGGGCCUUGCCAGGCCAAGCCCGGCCCAUUACAUUCUUCCAUGUCGACUUACAAAAGCAUUAAAGUUGGCCUCAAAAAUCGUAGAACCAAGCUCUCCAUCAUCCGUCUUGCUCAUCAGAUUCUCAUCUUCCACAGCGAGCCAUGGGCUCUACCAAUUGGACAACCGAGGAUCAGUCAGACAUUGACAUCAACGGCCUUCACUACAGAUUGAAACACCUCCAUGAAGAGGACGUGGAGCUCUCCUGGUUCAAUGCUGGAGUCCGGGUGGGUGUUGGAAUUGGGCUCGGCAUCUCUCUCGGGGUUGGGAUCGGCGUCGGCUUGCUGGUCCGCUCUUAUCGGACAGCUGUCAGUCACUUGAGGAGGUGA